UUACCAUCACAGCCCUGUUCAGAACAAACUUUCGCAUGGAUUUCCCCUUUGACCUGCAAGAGCUGCCAGCAUUUGCUGUAAUAGGGAUAUGUUCUGGAUUCCUUGGAGCAUUUUUUGUUUAUCUCAAUCGCCAAGUGGUCCUGUGCAUCCGGCGUCAUACGGCUCUGAGCCAGUUUCUCACCAAAUACCGCCUCAUAUACCCUGGGGUUAUAACCUUCCUUAUAGCAACUGUGACCUUUCCUCCAGGAUUUGGGCAAUUCAUGGCAGGAGAGUUGAUGCCACGGGAAGCCAUCAGCUCUCUCUUUGAUAACUAUACCUGGGCAAAAUACACAGGGGACCCACAGAUACUGGGGAAAUCUGCUGCCUGGAUCCAUCCAAAAGUCAGUGUCUUCAUCAUCAUCCUGCUUUUCUUCCUCAUGAAGUUCUGGAUGUCUGUCAUUGCUACCACGAUGCCCAUCCCCUGUGGAGGCUUCAUGCCUGUUUUUGUUCUAGGUGCUGCCUUUGGGCGUCUUAUUGGGGAAAUCAUGGCAUCGCUUUUUCCCAACGGGAUCCUCUUUGAUGGGAUUGUUUAUCAAAUCUUACCCGGAGGGUAUGCUGUCAUUGUCGUCUUCUUUCCCUGUUCAUUUUCCACCUUGACCGGGAAAGGUGCAGCAGCUCUGACAGGAGCGGUGAGCCACACUGUCUCCACUGCGGUGAUCUGCUUUGAGCUGACAGGUCAGAUCUCUCACAUCCUCCCCAUGAUGGUGGCUGUCAUUCUUGCCAACAUGGUGGCCCAGAGUCUGCAGCCCAGCCUCUAUGAUAGCAUCAUCCAGGUGAAGAAGUUGCCCUACCUGCCAGACCUGGGCUGGAAUCACAUAAGCAAAUACAAUAUCUUCGUUGAGGAUAUUAUGGUCCAAGACGUGAAAUUCGUCUCCUCCAACUGUAAAUACCGAGACUUGCAAACUCUGCUCCAAAGCACCACUGUUAAGACUUUGCCUUUGGUGGACUCGCCAGAGACCAUGAUCCUCCUGGGGUCUAUAGAACGAUCUGAACUGCAGGCUCUCCUCCAGAGACACAUAAGCCCAGAACGGCGAUGGCUCCUCAACAGAGAAAAGCAGCAGAAGCUCUCUGAGGCACCCUACGACGGGCACAGCAAGGGACCGUGGGCAACCCUGCCAAAGCUGAAGCGUGAAUCUUUUGCUUAUGUUGAUGAGGAUGAGGAUGCAGAUGAGAAGGGAGAGUUGCCUCGGCCCCCAAGUCCCACUCCCAGUUACCCAGAGGAGCCCAAUGGCCCGACAAGUCCUCUUAAACAAAUGCCGGAAACUUUGGAGCCGCAGCAACCCACAGGUGCUGAUUUCCCGGAGACUGAGAGAAGGAGCUUUCUCUGCUGUUCCUGUAUUAAAGGCAAUUUCAGGAGGCUGAGGCAACUGAUCCAGCAGCUCUUGUGCCAUUACAACCGUCCACUUGAAACAGAGUGUGCCAUCCAGGAACCAAUAGAAGUCAUUGACACAAUGAGGCCAGAAGAGAUAGAUGCUUGGGAACAGGAGGAGCUGGACAAGAAUGUGUGCUUUGACAGCUGCCGCAUAGACCCUUCCCCUUUCCAGCUGGUGGAGAGAACUUCCCUGCACAAGACGCACACAUUGUUCUCAUUACUGGGCCUCAGCCAUGCCUACGUAACCAGUAUGGGGAAGCUGAGGGGAGUGUUGGCUUUGGAAGAGCUUCAGAAGGCAAUAGAGGGCUCCACGCGUUCCGGGGUUCGCCUCCGCCCGCCCCUUGCCAGUUUCCGCGACACCAACCGGACUUCCAUCAGCAGUGAGAAGGUCGGACAGGCCACUCCGGUGUGGAGCUGGCAGGACAACUGCACGGUGGCAGCAGAGCAUGCAGCAGACUUGGGCGCAGAGAGCCCACCGCCCCCCUGCUCGCACUCCCCCCAGCCCUCAGACUGGCACGACGAGGCGGAAGUCUCGUGCUCCACUUACGCCACUGACACCGAGUUGGAAGAGACGGAACUGACAGGGCCAGUUGCUGAAAACAUCUCGGACAUCCUCAAGGACAUAAGCCUACGCUCCACUGACCUGGAUGAAGAUGAAGAUGAGGAUGAGGAUGUCCUCUUAUAG